AACUAUGUGGGAAUCCUAAUAACGCCUGUCUGACACCACAGAAAGAGCAGGAAACACUUCCAAAUCCACACUUCAGUCUUUCUUCAAGCAAGCUCCAUGACGGGACUUCCUGGAAAUUCUUUACUAUAGGCUUGUCCUUUCAUCGCAGAUAGUGGGUCGUUUUCAUUGGAGUCGGUGAAGCACACACGCAGGCAGACAUCUUCCAAGAUGGUGGACACCACACUGGCUCAAGUGGGCAAGAAUCUGACUGAAGCCAUGAGGCUCUUGGGAGAUGGACAAAUAGGCCUGGAGGGAAGAACGGAGGGCUCACUCUUCAGUAGAACCAGCAUACCUGGCCCCCUUCAGGGAGAUGGUCAAGAUGUUGCCACCAUACUGCACCUUGUUCACAGCCUCAUCCAUGAAGAGGAGGAGGGAGAAGACAAGCCAAACCCACAUAGGAUGCAGAAUGUGGGUGAACAGGGUCACAUAGCACUACUAGGGCACAGCCUGGCAGCCUACAUCUCAGUGCUGGACAGAGAGCGAUUGCGGAAGCUGACCACUCGGAUCUUGUCUGAUACCACACUGUGGCUCUGUAGACUGUUCAGAUAUGAGAAUGGUUCAGCUUACUUCCACGAGGAUGACAGAGAAGGCCUGGUCAAAGUAUGUCGACUGGUCAUCAACGCGUGCUAUGACGAUUAUGCCUCUGAGGGCUACGCUGUCCUCAGCUCAAAGCAGCCAGUCAUCUACCAGAGCACAUCAAGCAGAUCUGGGCUAGGACAGCAUCUGUGCAACCAGCUUGCCCUGCCGCUCUCCAGUUUGUGCACAGUCCCAUGCAACACCCUCUUUGGAUCCCAACAUCAAAUGGAUAUUGCUCUAUUGGAUAAACUAAUCAAAGAGGACAUUGAAAGUGGAAAGCUUCCUUUGUUGUUAAUCGCCAAUGCAGGUACCCCUGGGGCAGGUCACACUGACAAGUUGGGGCGCCUUAGGGACCUGUGUGAUCAGUCCAAAAUGUGGCUCCAUGUGGAGGGGGUUAACCUUGCGACGCUGGUGCUGGGUCAGGCCACCUCUGCUGUUAUGGCAGCAACCAGAAGUGACAGUAUGACGUUGACACCAGGUCCAUGGCUUGGACUACCAGCUGUAACCGCUGUCACUCUGUACAGACAUGAAGACCCAGCACUGUCCCUGGCUGCAGGGUUAACCUCCAGUCAGCCUGUUGAGAAGCUGCGAGCAUUACCGCUCUGGUUGUCUCUGCAGUACCUUGGUUACAGUGGAAUCAUACAAAAGAUAAGACACGCCACCACACUGAGUCAACAAUUGCUACACAACCUCAAAUCUGUGAGCGCCAUCAAAACAUCGGUGGAGGAUGAACUCAACUCUCCUGUGGUGCUCUUUAGGUUUUCACAGGAAAUGAGUGCAGCAUCCAACAGUGGUUCAGUGGAGGCUUACUGUGCUGGGGAGAAGGAGGUACUUGAUGUGUUCAAUAGAUGGCUUGGCAAGCAGCUCGCCCAGAUGGUUCCUGCUAGUGGGGUUGAUGUUGUGGAGCUUGAAGAUGAAGGCACCUGUGUUCGGUUCAGCCCACUCCUGACGGCCGCAGAUUUAGGGACUCAACCUGAGGAUGUCGACAAUGUGGUUAAGAAGUUGUUGGAGCUGGUGCCUUUGAUGACCUCCACAAUGUCCUUCAGACAGGACUUCAAAGAGGAGAUUCACCGACGCUCACCCUACCUCAGAUACAUAGACGAGCUUAGCUGGCCAGGACUAGGAGCUGUCGGAUACGAGCCUCAAGUGGAGGGAAUUGAAGAUAGCAGGAGAACAAAGGAAAUUAAGAAAAUAAAUGCUGAACUGCUGAAAAAACUACAAGAGCUAGAUAGUGACAUCAUCUUUUCCACUGGCCAAGAGUUUGCCAGAGAGGAGAACUGCAUCUUUAUAAGCAUGGUAGCUGAUGACGUUGAUGUUUCAGAGCUAGUGGAAACCGUAAUGACGCUGGGACGCGACAUUGAAGAGAAUGGAAGACUACUGGAGAACAUGACAGAGGUGGUGAGGAAAGGCAUUCGGGAGGCAGAGCUGGAGCUGCUAAAAGCCAGUGAUGAGAAACUCAUGGAAGAGGGCAUGCUGAGACAACUUCCCUUGGUUGGCUCUGUUUUAAACUGGUUUUCUCCUGUUCAAACUUCAGUUAAAGGGAGGACCUUCAACUUGGCGGCAGGUUCCUUGGACUCCACAGAGGUGACGUACUCUACGAAGGCCCAGGCAAGCAGAGCUCUCUUGAAAGAUUCUUCCACCUUGUCAACAGAGAGACUGCAAGGUCAGAAGUUGUUUCGGCGCUCAGGUGCAGGCUCUGACUCCUUCAGUGAAUCUGGCUCAAUUGGACAAGCUGAGGGGUCAACCGCCAUCCACACAUCAACCUCUAUAGGUGUACCAGAGGAGGACUCUGCACGUCAAGGCAUUCCAAAAGAAAUUCAGGAUUCUAGUCUGCAGAAACAGCAUGACCAAGGGGAGGACAAAUCAUUCUUGGAGGAAAGGAAGCUUGAGGGCUAAGAGGGCCAGCCAUCCCAAUAAUGGUACCAGCUAAAUUGAUUAAAAAGAUGUGUUCUACGUAAAUUAUGCAUUUAACUGUUGUGAAAGUGAAGUAGCCGAAUUAGUUUGGAAUAAUUGUCAAGAGCCUCUUUCCAAAAAGGUUGGAAAGGAUGUCAGUUGAAGUUGACGAGAAACAGGGAUAUUAUAACACUGUGAGGCCGUUUCCUAAUCACACUCACAUUACCAGUGGUCGCAUUUUACAUUGUAUUUACACACAAUUUUGUUUAAACUGUCUGAAGAUGGACUCAGAUAUCCAUCAUCCAUCCGUCCGUCUAUCUAUCUUCUUUGCGGCUUCUCCAGUUCAGGCUUGCAAGGAGCUGCAAAAGAAAUGUCCCAGCUGAUUUUGGUUGAACGGCAAAGUACACCCUGGACUGGUCGCCAGUCAAUCACAGGAUACACAAUCAAAGAACUAUUCACGCUCACAUUUACACUAUCACUGAGUGGGAGCUCUCUAAGUGAACAUCUUCACCAUCAGUGACUUGGCAGAUAGCUGGCAUUACAUUCAAGCAUAUUAGUGGCAUGCACAAAAACUGCACAUGCUGGUGAAAUGUUUUAUCGUGGGUGCAAUUGGUUAGUUGCUUAUUUUGGGAUGAUUAAAAUGUCCCUUAUUUGCUGCACUACAUGAAAUCAUUAGGGAUAACAAAUGGUAACGUUUCAAAAUGCAGUCCAUAAGUAGGAGCUGUUUUCCCCCCCUUUAAAACCCUUUAGUUUAGAUGGUUGUUCUUUCAACCCUGUGGGAGAUUUCAAGGUCAUAGUGGAAGAGACUCUUAAGUUUCAUGAAGAAAGCGCUACCUAAAUGGGGAAUGGCUUAGUAGAACUGGUCUGCUUCAUGCACUGCUGUGAUUAUCAUGCAGAAAAGCCUGACUGCAUCCAGAAUGAUUUUGGACACGUUUGAUUGCACAACACUGUAGAAAUCUAUCCACAUAAUCUAUAGAAGUAUCAUCUACUUUAACUUCAGCUAUGCAAAUUGAAGUGAAUGACACAAAUUACAAAUAAUGCUGUCGGUGCAUAUGUACAAGCAUAGAAAAAUGAAAAUGUAUAUGUUGUAAUUUCACCAGAACAUGGUAGUUUGAUGAAAGUAACACAGUAGAUUUAGAAAACAAUACAACCACAUUGUAUCUAUACCAAAUUUAAAAUUCAUUUGUUUUCUACUGAUCUUUUUGCAGCAAGACAAGAGUUGAUAAAUUUCAACAAUUUUACAGCCAUAGCCACACUGAAACAAAAACCUUUAAUUGCUACACUAUAAAGAAUGUGUAUGAGUUAAUCAUGGCCUUCUGUCAGAAAGUGAAUAUAUAUAUAUAUAUUUUUUUUUUUUUACAUUUUUUUUUUUUUGUUGCCAAAAAUUUCUCACCUGAACUGAAAGUACUUUGAGGAAUACCGUUCAACAUUUUCUAAUGUCAUAGUCCUGCAUCAUGAUGCUGGAACUCGAGAUACAAACACAUGAGGUUUGCCAUAAAAGUUUGAGGACUAGCGUCACAAAAGAUAUUUAAAAUCAAAACUACAAAUUUAAUCCCCCUUGAGUCCAUUAGCAUUCCCCCCCCCCCCCCCCCCCCCCCCCCCCCCGCCGCCUUCGCUACCAUGUCUUCAUGCACUCUUGGAAGGAUUCUUCCAGCAUCUACCGUAGCUCCAUCAUCUGGAUGUCAUCUAUGUCUUCGAAAUGGCUCCCCUUGAUAAACCCAUUGAGCUUGGGAAAGCUGAAAAAAAUCACAGGGAGCCAGGAUCGGGUUAGUAGCGAGGUUGCUCCAACAAGGCGAUGUUCUUCUCAGCUAGGAACUGUCAGCAUCUUGAGUGGGCCUGUUGUCAUGGUGAAGCAGCCACGAGUUGUCCUGUUAUAACUCAAAUCGUUUUGCACACUGAACGAAGCAAAUGCCGCAAGAGCUCUUGGUAGAUGUGGCGGUUUAUCAUCUGGCCCACACUGAAGGGGAAAACUGGUACUUCAGGCUUGAAAUAUAUCUUUUGUGUCAGCAGUCUUGGAACUUUUUUACAAUUUCUGAUUAUGGAGAUGUUGAGCUCAAGGCAGCAAGAGAGGAUAUUUUUAGAUAGUGUACAUUUCCAAAUUAUACCCCAUAGAAAAUAUUAAUUAUUCUUGCUGAAUGCAUUUAAAUCAAAUUAUUUUGCACAUGACAGCAUUUACAUACAUUUUUCUUUAUUCAACAAUUUUUUUUUUCAGUGGCAGGUUUGUGCAAUUGCGCAGGAAACCUGUUUAAAUUGACCACAGUUCUGUUUGACAGCUUAUCAAUAUCACUUGGAACUUGGUGAAAGAUUGAACUAGUCAGGCCUGGUAUACUUUUAUUUUUAUAAGCCUUGCCUACUAACUGCUAAAUCUAUAUCAAAUUUAAAAAGUACGUUGCCUAAAGUCUUACUGUAAUUCUCUGAGCCAGAUCAUUCUGGAAGGUUUAGAUAUAAUAUGGAAGUACAAACAUUUGUGGAUAGAAAUGCAUUGAGUUGGUAAAUUAUUGUGGGAAGAAUAAAAAUGGAUUAAGAAACAAUUCACCUUUAUUGCACUUGUAAAUAAUUUCUUACAUGAUGAAAAUGAAACUCAUGCUUCAUGAUUACAUGUCAGAUGAUUGUAAAGUUCUGUCACUAACUUUGUAACCGUCCAAUCUUUCAUGAAGAACCUUGAUUUAAUGAAAUCUUCUAUAGACCAA